CUAGGUCAUCCUUACGGUCAAAUGGCUUAAAUGACUAAUUUGCUACAAUCUCAUAAUGUUAGGAAGUUCAAGUAGCAGUUGCACUAACGAAAUGGCUCCUCAGCGACCCAUUGGUCCAGAUUCAGAAUCCGUCGAUCUUCUAUGUGGUAUUAAAAAACCUGUUAUACACAAUAUGGUUUCUACUGUGGAUUUAGGAUGUCCUAUUGAGUUACGUAAAUUGGUACUGCAUGUCCGUAGUGCGGAGUACAAUCCACGCAGAUUUCCUGGUGUUGUCAUGCGUCUGCGUGAACCUCGUGUCACUUGUUUAGUGUUUGGAACAGGUCGCAUGGUGUGCACUGGUGCACGUUCUGAAUCAGAUGCAAAUUUAGGUUCUCGGAAAUGUGCUCGUAUACUACAAAGACUUGGGUUUGAUGUGAAAUUCAUGAACUUUACUAUUCAAAACAUGGUUGGUUUGGCUGAUCUGAAAUUUCCGAUACGUUUGGAAGGUGUACAGUUGGCCAAUGAACAGAUGACACAAUAUGAACCGGAAAUAUUUCCAGCCUUAAUUUAUCGUAUAAUAAAACCCCGUUUAGUAAUGCUUAUCUUUGUAAAUGGAAAGAUUGUUAUGACAGGUAAGUGAACUGUAUUCUGGAUUAUACAGAACUUUCACUAGAAAGUUAUAAUUCAAAACUUCGGUUCACCUAAUGAGAUUUGAGAAUCCAUUUAGCUUUUACACAUUAGUCUGUAGUAGACAACUUUUGGCUUUAGGUUGUUGGAUUCCUUUUUUAGUUUUACUUUGUAGAUGACGCAGAUCCGUUUACUUUUUAUCUUCAUAUUAUGAGGCGUAGUAAUUCCUUCAUACGUAAACCUCAUUGCGUUCUUGAACCAUAUUUUGAAUGCUUAGUCUCUGUGAUUAUCAUUGCUACUAUAUUAUAUUGAUAUCUUUUGCUAUUUGUCCUUUUAACGUAAUCUCGU